AUGCUGGAAACUGGGAGUGUCCAUGGCGAGAAUGGCCUUGGCGGACCUAGCCCUGGCACUGGAGGUGGGCUGGGGUACUCACACGGUGGCAUCGCCUUUGGUAGUAUUACGACGACAAACAAACUGCCCAAUGAUCUGUUGAUG